AUGCCUGCUACGCUUGAAACACAUGAAGAAAGGAGGGGUUCUAUUUAUGGUAUGGUCAUUUUAUUCAUUUUUAAAAUUAAAAAUUUUUUUUAUAAUAAAAAAUGUCAUUUCAGCUCUGUCCAACUCCUCGUCCUACUCAAACCUAGCCGAAUCCUUCAAUAUUCACCAUGACAUUCUACCGAACAAGCCUAAUGAACCUAAUUUCAAAUUAGGCUUGGAGCCAAUUGAUGGAGCUUGCUUUCGAAUCGACCAGAGCUCAUCAGAACCUGCUCAUAUCAAUGUAUUCUUGGAGAAUAACACUGAUCAACGCCAGACUUUUAAGGUAGGCUUCUUUUAGACUCCUACCCCUACCAUUAUCUCUUCUCUAGUUUGCCAUGCCCUGCUUUAUAUUACCAUGCCCUGCUUUGUUUUACCAUGCCCUGCUUUAUCUUACCAUGCCUUGCUUUGUUUUACCAUGCCCUGCUUUAUUUUACCAUGCCCUGCUUUAUUUUACCAUGCCCUGCUCUAUUUUACCAUGUCCUGCUCUAUAUUACCAUGCCCUGCUUUAUUUUACCAUGCCCUGCUCUAUUUUACCAUGUCCUGCUCUAUAUUACCAUGCUCUGCUUUAUUUUACCAUUCCCUGCUUUAUUUUGCCAUGUCCUGCUUUAUUUUAACACGCCCAGCUGUAGUUUACAUAUAGGGCAUAGUUUUUGCCCCCCCCUCUUGUUCCCUUCCUUAUAAUGUUUAUAUCUCACCCCCUCCCCUACGUUAAUUUACCUUACCCUACCUACUCUAAACCCCCCUCUUCUUCCAGAUCAAAACCACCCUAACCGAAAAGCUUCGUGCCAAGCCUCCGGUAGGCCUAAUAGAGCCUCAUUCGGAGCUGUCGAUACGGUUGUCGUAUAAUGGCAAAGAGAUACCAGAUGGUUUACAUUACAUUGCCAUCUACCACAUUAAACUACAAGAUCAGUCAGAUCAUGAGCUAAAAGACCUGAGGGAGUUUUGGAAAUGUCAUCCCAAUUUCGAUGGAGUUCGACGAAUUGUUUUGAAUUUCGAAAUCGAAUUCGCUGAUUUUUAA